CAUUGGCCAAAAUCGUGUGCUGCUUACCGACAGUUCUUUUGUGCUUUCUUUCUUAAAGUAUUUAAUUGAGCAUAAUCUUCUGUGAUCGCCUUCAAAAAUGUUCAGUAAUUCAAGAACUGAGAAGAUUAUGAAAAUGGUUUCUGAUUCUAAGGUAUCAGAUACAGGACAAUUGCUGCAAGAGUUUCCUGCCUCUCAGAUUGAGACUCCAGCCUUUUCAUUUGAAAGCACCAGCGGCUGCGAUUCUUAUGUUUUUGAACUUCAAGAGACUCCAGAAGUGAUAUCAGAAACAGGACAAGUGCAAGAGUUUCCUGCCUCUCAGACUGACACUCUAGUGAACGUGUGUGAUUCUUAUACCAUUGAGUUUCAAGGGACUCCAGAAAUGGUACCUGAAAUGGAUUCAGAGCCAGGACAAGUGCAAGAAUAUCCCACCACUCAGAUUGUCACGGGACCCAUUCUAUCUAUAAGCAACGCCUGCGAUUCCUAUGUUGAGCUUCAAGAGAAUCAAGUGUGUGAUUUUACAAAUUUGACUGUUUUGAAUACGGACAAUAUCGAUAUGAAUAUGAAUGUGUCAUUUGAAGUACCGGUACUGAAGAGUGUGCAACUGGAAAUUGCUUCAGGAAUGAUAAUUGAUGACCCUAUUUGCACUGCUUCUACAGAAAAACAUAUGCCUAUUGAGAGCACAUCACAAGAUAUUACAAAAAAAUCUACAGAUAAAGAUGAAAGGAUAGCUAGAAAAAGAAACAAGAAACCUGUUCCUGAAAGUUGGGAGAAAAAUAUUGCAAAGAAGGCAAGGAUGAGGGGAGAAAAGUAUGUUGGCUACAAAAGAGAUAAAAAUAAGAUAGUUACCAGAAUGCCAGACAGAGAGGAACGGACCAUGGGCCCUAAAUGCAUAUCCGAGAAAUGUAGUAAAAUUAAUGACCGACAUUGUGGAAUUUUCACAAAGCAAGACAGACAAAUUAUUUUCGAACAUUUUUGGAGAGAUUUAAAUUGGAAAGAGAAGGAAGUUUUUGUUUCGUCUUUAGUAGACCAAUUGCCAGCGAAAAGAACAAGCGUGGAACCUGGAGCCUCAUCUCGACGCUCCAACUCUUAUAUCUACUAUCUGAAAAUUCAAGAUGAGAAAAAGAUUGUAUGCAAAAAAAUGUUUUUGAAUACGUUGGGGAUAAAUGAGUGGAUGGCUCACAAUUGGAUAAAACGUACCAAAGGAAAAAUGAGUAUUGAGGGUCUUGAAAAAUCCAAUGAUGAAUCAACUCGCCUAACAAAGAGAAGUAAAAGAAACAAUAAGAAGAAAUCUCAAGAAAAUAGUGGAAAUGACGAAUAUCUCCAAGAAUUUUUUGAAGUAUUGCCGAAAUUACCUAGUCACUAUUGUAGAAAACAAACGACAAAAUUGUACUUGGAGCCUAUUUUUUUCUCAAAAAAACAACUCUAUGAGUUCUAUGUAUCGAAGUGUGCUGAAGACGGAAUAACUCCAGUAUCGUUGACCAAAUUUUUUGUGAUAUUUGAAAGUCAUAAUUUGUCACUAUUCCAGCCUAGGAAAGACAGAUGUGACACUUGUUGUGGUUAUGAAGUGAGAAAUAUUACUGAAGAAGAAUGGAUGAAGCAUGUUGCAAAAAAAGAUCGAGCAAGGAAGGAAAAAGAGGAUGACAAGGAAAGAGCAAUAAAAGAAGAAUGCUAUGUAUUGACUAUGGACCUCGAAGCAGUGAAGCUGUCACCGCUCACAAAGGCAGAAGCGUUUUAUUAUAAAACGAAACUUUGUUGCCACAAUUUCACUGUUUAUAAUAUUGCAUCACAUCAUUGUUGCAACUAUUGGUGGAAUGAAACUCAGGCAGACCUACAAGCAUCGACUUUUGCAUCAUGUUUGAUUGAUUACCUUGAAAAUCAUUGUCUUGAAAGAAAAAUACCAAUUGUAAUCUACAGUGAUGGUUGUACAUACCAAAAUAGGAACUCAAUUAUGGCAAAUGCUCUACUACAUUUUGCUAUCAAGCAUAACAUUGAUGUGGAGCAGAAAUAUCUAGUGAAAGGCCAUACAAAUAUGGAGUGUGACUCUGUGCAUGCAUGUAUUGAACGUAAGUUAAAAAAUAGGGAUGUGCAUGUACCUGCUGACUACGUGACUGCAACUAAGGAGGCUAGAGAAAAGCCAUUCCCUUAUGAGGUCAAAUAUUUGACUCAUGAUUUUUUCAAGGACUACACUGUGCCAAACCUUCAAUACUAUGAGUCGAUUCGACCGGGAAGAAAGUCCGGAGAUCCUGUUCUCACUGAUCGCGUCGUGCGGUUCUUUGAGGGGAGGCUCAUCCACAGCAGGCAGGAUUCCGGCCAGGUAAAUCUUGUACAAGCCAGAUAUUAA